AUCCAACUGCCAUAUUAAAAUCGAUGAUUUGGCAUCAGUGUGUGUGAACCACCCAUUUUGAAACCUUCAAUAGAAGAAGAUGACGAGUUCAUCAGCAACCUUAAGCUUCUCUUCAUUUUCUUCAACCUCAGCCCUAUCUUUAUCUAAAUUCAGAUUCAAAUUUCCCUCCUUUUCACGAACCUCCUCUCUCUCAUCUCGCGCCAAGCCAUUCACCGCUUCUUCUUCCACCACCACCCACAACAUCUCAGGAGAAAUUCGCCAUUGCAGUUUAAGUAGGAGGAGAGGGCUGGCUUUUACUGCAACGCUACCGUUUCUUCUUCCUCUGCAUGAAUUUGUAGACUCUGUUGCCGCUAAGGCAGUUGAGUCAGGUUCAGGUCAAAGCGAGUAUAUGCGUAUAAAGGAAGAGAUAAUUAAAGUAGUAACAAAGGGAAAGGCUGCUGGUGUUCUUCGUUUGGUAUUUCAUGAUGCUGGAACCUAUGAAAUGGAUGAAAAUUCAGGUGGUAUGAAUGGUUCCAUAGUUUAUGAACUCGAAAGACCUGAAAAUGCGGGCCUCAAGAAGUCUCUGAAGGUUCUAGAGAAAGCCAAGAAAGAAAUCGAAGCUAUACAAUCAGUAUCAUGGGCAGACAUGAUUGCUGUUGGUGGAGCUGAAGCUGUUUCCGUUUGCGGAGGUCCGAAAAUCCCAGUUACAUUAGGCCGACUAGAUUCUGGGGAGCCAGACCCUGAAGGUAAGAUGCCUGAAGAGUCUCUGGAUGCUUCUGGCUUGAAGCAGUGUUUUCGACGAAAGGGCUUCUCAACACAAGAACUAGUUGCUCUGUCUGGGGCGCAUACUCUUGGCAGUAAAGGUUUCGGAAGUCCGGUUGCUUUCGAUAACUCGUACUUCAAAAUUCUUCUGGAGAAGCCAUGGAAUUCUUCUGCUGGUAUGACGAGCAUGAUCGGACUUCCUUCAGACCGUGCCAUUGUAGAGGAUGACAAAUGCUUAAGGUGGAUCACAAAAUACGCAGACGAUCAGAAUAUGUUCUUUGAAGAUUUUAAGAAUGCAUAUAUGAAACUAGUCAAUUGUGGUGCAAAGUGGAAGAGCAUGUAAUUAAUUUUGGAAGAGUAAACAUUCUCUUCUUGUCUUGUCUCCUUGAUUGGUCAAGACUCAGCAGGAAACUGUUGUGUAACAGAUGAAUUAAAGGAGGAUUUAUGUAUACAUUAAGAUCUGAGAGCAGUUAAUAUAUCUGGUUUGGGGCAA